AUGUCGUUGGUACUGCCCGAACGUUUUCAGCACAUUCUUCGUGUUAUGAACACGAAUAUCGAUGGAAAAAGAAAAGUCCCAUUCGCUUUGACCGCCAUCAAGGGAGUUGGUCGUCGUUAUGCUCACGUUGUCUGCAAGAAAGCCAACGUCGAUGUAACAAAAAGAGCAGGAGAACUUACUGAGGAAGAGGUUGAGAAGUUGGUGACGAUAAUGGGCAACCCUCGCCAGUACAAAAUCCCGGAUUGGUUUUUGAAUAGACAAAAGGACAUUAAAGAUGGCAAAUACUCGCAGGCCAUGUCCAACAUUUUGGACAGUAAGAUUCGUGAGGAUCUUGAAAGAUUAAAGAAGAUAAGAGCACACAGAGGAUUGAGACAUUUCUGGGGUUUGAGAGUGAGAGGUCAACACACAAAGACAACAGGCAGAAGAGGAAGAACAGUUGGUGUGUCAAAGAAGAAGGCAUAA